CGAGACGUGCAUUGACAGGAAGGGUCGGCGGACUACGGGGUAUGCAGUGAGAACCUUGUGCUGUAGCUGAAAAGAGACGCGAUAACACAUUCGUUUUUUCUCCCUGGGAUAAAAAGUUAUGCGAUCUUAAUCAUAUCUGCUCGCCACUGAAAACACCGAACGGUUCUGCGGGAUUUAUGAAAAGUUUUUAUGGAUGUAAAGAUACGGAAGUAGAGCCUUCAUGCCACGACUAACUGCGAUGGAACUGAGCCGGCAGCUGUGCAUUAAGAUGCGGAAGCCGAAGAGGAGUGAGACCGCCCUGCCUGUUGCCAGAUGGGGCUUGGAGAUCCACUUCUAUCUGCCUGUGGCCAACCCUCUGGAGUACCUGAUGGGCUGCUACUCGGCUGAGGACCUGUGCAGCGAGGCUGCCAAGAAGUGCGGUAUUUCUCCUCUCUGUCACAAUUUAUUUGCUCUCUACGACGAGAGCAGGUGCAUCUGGUACCCGCCCAAUCACGCUUUCAAAAUCGACGACAGCACCAGCAUCAAGCUGUACUACCGCAUGAGGUAUUACUUCACCAACUGGCAUGGUACGAACGCAGAUGAGUCCCCAGUGUGGCGGCACUGCCUGAACAAGCAGAAGACCUGCCCCACAAAGGCCCCAGAGGGCACCCCACUCCUGGACGCUGCCUCGCUCGAGUACCUAUUUGCACAGGGGCAGUACGAUUUCCUGAGGGGCCUGGCUCCCGUGCGGAAUGCAGUAAGCGAGUCAGAGAUCCACGACAUUGAGAACGAAUGCCUGGGCAUGGCCGUGCUCGCUAUUUCCCACUACGCUAUCAGCAGAAAACUGUCCCUGCCCGCUGUUGCUAGGGAGAUCAGCUACAAAAAAUUUAUUCCAGAGAGUCUGAACAGAACCAUCAAGCAGCGCAACUUCCUCACCCGCAUCCGCAUCAACAACGUCUUCAGGAACUUUGUCAAUGAAUUUGACAGCAAAACCAUCCGUGAUAGCAACGUAUCCACGCAUGAUCUGAAGGUGAAGUACCUGUCCACGCUGGAGACCCUAACCAGGAACUUUGGCAGUGAGGUGUACGAGACAAACAUGCUGAAGAUCUCUCAGGAGAGCGAGAGGCCAUCGGUCUUCGACUGUGUCGACCCCUGCGUUUACGAGGUGCAGGCCUCGGGGACUGGCGGUAUCAAAUGGCGGAAGAAGCCACCCAAUAAUGUAUUGCUGCCCAAAGAGAAGACCAAAUCCAGAAAGAACAAGGUGGAUGGAAAGAGAAAGAAUGAGAAAAAGGAAGUCACGGACAGCUGGACGCGAUUUUCCGAUUUCCAUGAAAUCACCCACGUUGUCAUCAAGGAGUCCACAGUCACCAUUUACAAACAAGACAACAAGAAGAUGGAGCUGCAGCUGGACUUCCCGGCCGAGGCGCUGUCCUUUGCCUCUCUGGUGGACGGGUACUUCCGGCUGACAGUGGACGCCCACCACUACCUGUGCAGCGAGGUGGCACCAUCCUCAGUGGUGCAGAACCUGCAGAACGGCUGCCAUGGUCCCAUAUGCACGGAUUACGCCAUCCACAAACUGCGUCAGGGGGGUAACGAGGAGGGCAUGUAUGUGCUGCGCUGGAGCUGCACCGACUACAACCACAUCCUCAUGACUGUGGCCUGUAACGAGCUGGACCUGAGCGAGUCCAAGCAGAGCCGGCAGUACAAGAACUUCCAGAUUGAGGUGGAUGCACGGGGCUACAAGCUCUGCGGGACAGAGUCCUACUGGCUGUCUCUAAAGGAUCUGAUGGAGCACCUGUCCGGACAAUGCCUGCGCACGGACAACGUCAGCUUCUACCUCAAGAGGUGCUGCCCACCUGAACCGCGAGAAAUCUCCAACCUCCUGGUAGUGACCAAUAACAGAGUGGUGGAAUCACCCCCUGCAGAUAUCGGUCAGCUGAGCUUCCACAGGAUUCUCAAAGAAGACAUAGUCGAGGCGGAGCACCUCGGCCGUGGAACCAGGACCAACAUCUACGCAGGCGUGCUGAAGGUGAAGAGUGAGGAGGACGACGGGUACAGCGCCUGCCAGGACGUGAAGGUGGUCCUGAAGGUGCUGGGUUCCAGUCACAGAGACAUCUCCCUGGCAUUCUUUGAGACGGCCAGUAUGAUGCGGCAGAUCUCCCACAAGCACAUCGCCUUGCUGUAUGGAGUCUGCGUCCGCGAGCUGGAGAACAUCAUGGUGGAGGAGUUCGUGCAGCUGGGCCCGCUGGACAUCUUCAUGCGCGGGCAGCGCUACUUCCUCACCACGGCCUGGAAGUUCCAGGUGGCCAAGCAGCUGGCCGGCGCCCUGAGCUACCUGGAGGAUAAGAAGCUGGUCCACGGGUACGUGUGCACCAAGAACAUCCUGCUGGCUCGGGCCGGCCUGGACGACGACAGCGGCCCCUUCAUCAAGCUGAGCGACCCGGGCAUCCCCAUCACCGUGCUGACCCGCGAGGAGUGCGUUUCGAGGAUCCCGUGGAUCGCCCCGGAGUGCGUCAGGAACACCAAGGACCUGAGCGUGGCGGCCGACAAGUGGAGCUUCGGAACCACGCUGUGGGAGAUCUGCUAUGACGGGGAGGUCCCCCUCAAGGACAAGAAGCUCGCCGAGAAGGAGAUGUUCUACGCUAAAGAGUGUGAGCUGGCCACCCCAGACUGCAAAGAGCUGGCAGAUCUCAUGAGCCAGUGCAUGAACUAUGACUGCCGAAAGAGGCCCUUCUUCAGAGCCAUAGUGAGGGACCUCAACAAGCUGGAGGAACAGAACCCCUCCAUCGUCUCUGGCAUGAUGCCACCUCAGGAAGUGGACCCCACCGUGUUUGAGAAAAGGUUCCUGAAGAAGAUUCGAGAUCUGGGAGAGGGUCACUUUGGCAAGGUGGAGCUGUGCCGGUAUGACCCGCGGGGCGACCGUACCGGCGAGUUCGUGGCCGUCAAGUCCCUGAAGCCGGAGAACAAGGAGGACCAGAGCAGCAACCUGUGGCGCGAGAUCGACAUCCUGAGGGGGCUGUACCACGACAACAUCGUCAAGUACAUGGGCAUCUGCAGCGAGGAGGGUGGAACCUCGAUUAAGCUGAUCAUGGAGUACCUGCCUGCUGGUAGUCUGAAGGAGUACCUGCCCCGGUACAAGGCCCAGACGGACCUGAAGAGGCUCCUGAGUUACGGAGUCCAGAUAUGCCAGGGUAUGGAUUACCUUGGGUCGCAGAACUAUAUCCACCGGGACUUGGCAGCCCGGAACGUGCUUGUGGAGAACGAGAACACGGUAAAGAUCGGUGACUUUGGGCUGACCAAGAGCAUCAAGGACAACGAGGGCUAUUACACCGUGAAAGAUGACCUGGACAGCCCUGUCUUCUGGUAUGCCCCAGAGUGCCUCGUCCACUGCAAGUUCUACCGUGCAUCUGACGUGUGGUCCUUCGGUGUCACCAUGUACGAGCUGCUGACCUACUGUGAGACAGAGUGCAGCCCAAUGGCGGUGUUCUUGAAGAUGAUUGGUCGAACCCACGGGCAGAUGACAGUGACCAGAUUGGUGAAAGUGCUGGAGGAGGGGCAGAGGCUGCCCCGUCCAGCCAACUGCCCAGAAAUGGUUUACACCCAGAUGCAGAAAUGCUGGGAGAAUGCUCCGGAGAAGAGGAUCGACUUCAAAAGCCUGAUCAGGAUAUUCCAGCAGCUGAUGGCCGAGAAACCGUGACCCUGAGGGAGAGAGACAGCCACGACCACGACAGACCAUACGAGAGCCCCGCCCUUUCAGAGAGACUUUGAGCAGAGGGCAUGCUGGCCAGGGAAGAAGAAAAAAAAACAGAUCUAUAUAUUACUUGGCCUACUUCUGGGACACUUUUUUCUCCCCUUCGCCACUAGUACUCUGCCAGUAUACUUUACCCGACACCGCAGUUUCGAUUAUGUUAAAAUCGUAUCAUAGCGAAUAUUUAGAAGUACCAGAACCGUAGUGUAAAUAGGUCCAAGGAACCUUUUAAACUUAUUUUAGCUUUCAGUAUUCCAUUUUUUUAAAAGCUUUUUUUCCACACAAGUUUGUGAUUUAAUUUCCUGUGCAAUCUGUAACCAUUGGCAUUAAGUUUUUAUUUUGCUUCCAUGAAUUAGCCCUCCUUUGCAUGGUUAUUAUUCUCAAUAAAAGCAGGGGAAUUAAAAAAUUCAGAAAAAGACAUAGCUCCUUUCCCGAAGCACUUGUAGGAUUAUUACGUAUGGAUUGACGAGGUUCUAUUGAACUACGCCCACUUGUUACAAAUACAUGAAAACGUGUCUACGGAUGAUCCCCGUUCCGUCACACGUCCACAGCACUGCCUAAAUGCACACUUGUGGUGAAGUUGCAGUGUAAUCACGAUUUCUGGGCCUCAACAAAAGGGGCCCCACAAGACAUCAGUCGCACAUCUCCCAUAAUCGCUGUAAAGAGAGAACGCGCCAGAGGCCUGGCUCGUAAAACUGAAAUAAACUGUUUGCUCCUAACACGCACGCAAAUCUCCAGCUCAAAAUGUAGGAGGUGGAAAACGGUUGUUUCCCACUUCAGACACUAGAGGACAGCGUUUCCUGCCAGUAUCCACCUGUUAGCCUAGAAAAUAAUGCACCGUGUUAUGCAGAAUUCUUUCAAUGCUUGCCUUCCAAAUGAAACUAUUUUAAGUGAGUUAUUAAAUGUUAUUACUUGUAUUACAUGGAAGCCUAGGAGAUAUAGGGCAGAAGUAAUCUGAAUGGAGAGAGGAUUCAUAAGAAAGACUUCAUGCUGUGGGCUUAAGAACAGACAAAAAUCUGGGGCAGAACUUCAUGCCUUUACUCCUCGAUCAUGACCUACUCAGUAAUGGGUAAUGGAGGAGAUGGCAAGAGGAGGUGAAUGUGCUUCCGGGUUUAUUCCCGAAUGUAUUGCAAACAUUUGGCCUGUUGCAGAAGGCUUACCAUUACCAAUAGACUUUGAGCCACAUAGUGACAGAAGAUGGAACAGAUAACAGAGUGGGGUAAAUGUGCUUGUGAGUUUAUUCCCGAAUGCAUUACAGACACACAUUUUCAUUGGUACAUGAAGCACUGUCAUUGUAACUUGGGAGAAGGAAAACAGGAAUGUCUAGGAAAGUAAAUGUUCAUAAAUAUAUAAAUUCAAAUAAACUUUUUUUUAAAAUCAAAAAA